AUGGCACAAUACUACGGCACACCCCCGCAGAACCAGUUCGGAGGUGGUGCUUCGUCUGCGCAAAACCUGCAGUUCUACCCGUCUUCAUAUUCUCCAGGUGUGCCCCCUCAAGGAGCACCCGCGCAAUCCUAUGGGUACGGCGCACCACCCCCUGGACCUGCCGGCUAUGGAGGCUUUGGCGGGGCUUCCGGCGUGAGUGGCAGGAUGGGAGAGCAAGGUGGACUACGGACAGGCUGGCUGGCAGCCUUUUCUACAGAAGGUUACGACGGUGAACCGCCGUUACUGGAAGAGCUUGGCGUCAACUUUGGCCACAUUCAAAUGAAGACUUUGGCAGUCCUAAACCCAUUCGCCCGUAUCGAUCAACAUAUAAUGGACGACUCCGACCUCGCGGGCCCCAUUCUAUUCUUUCUCUUGUUCGGUACCUUUUUGCUUCUCAGCGGCAAAGUACACUUCGGAUACAUCUACGGGCUGGCACUGAUGGGAUCGAUUGCGUUACAUACCAUCCUGUCCCUCAUGUCGUCUGACGGUUCGAGCUCGCCAACACCUUCACACCCCGCGCAUAUGCCGGCCUACCCUUCAGGUCCAGGGUACCCCGCCGAUCCAAGCGCAGGCGGCAACGAUGACCCCAAGGACCAACUGAGCAGCACCUUGACCUUCGUAAGGAGCGCAAGUGUUCUGGGAUACUGUUUGUUACCGCUAGUUCUGAUCAGUUUGGUUGGCAUCGUUAUGCCCAUGGAUGGACCGCUUGGAUAUGUGCUCACGAGUGCUGCGAUCAUGUGGUGUACAACAAGUGCGAGUGGCAUGUUCUGCGCGGUAGGAAGGAUGCGGCAGAUGAGAAUGCUUGUGGCAUACCCACUGAUGCUGUUCUACGUCGGUUUCGGGAUCAUGAGCAUUUUCAGCAGCCGAGGAUCGGGUACCCUGGCGAAAGUAGCCGAAAUGCCUUGA